AUGAAAGGCUCCCAAGGUCAUCUAAUUGUAACUCAAAACAUAGAAUCAUAUAAUCAAUCACAGCUUGGCAAUAACCCAACUGGACAUAAUCUGGGUGAGAUGUCUGCUAGUUCUGAAUAUGGGAUAGAUUUGAAAAAUAAUUUAAAUCUUUCUGUGCACAAAGAAAUUCAGAGAGAUGAACGACCCUUUUCAUCUUCAGAAAGAGAGAAAAUGUUUAAUGUGUUAUCAAGUUUUCCUCAACAUCAGAGAAAUUCCACAGGAGAGAAGCCUUAUUCAUGUUCAGAAUCUGAGAAAACUUUUUCGGGGAAAUCAAGUCUUCUUCAACAUCUCAGAAUUCACACAGGAGAGAAGCCAUUUUCAUGUCAGGAAUGUGGGAAGUUGUUUAAGCGUAAAUAUCAUCUAGAACGACAUAUGAGAAGUCACACAGGAGAGGAGCCAUUUUUAUGUACAGAAUGUGGGAAGUGGUUUAAGAGUCAACAGUAUCUUAAGAUACACCUGAGAACUCAUACUGGAGAGAAGCCAUAUUCCUGUUCUGAAUGCGAAAAAUAUUUUAUUGACAAAGCUUGUCUUGUUAAACAUCUCCGAAUUCACACAGGGGAGAAGCCAUUUUCAUGUUCUGAAUGUGGGAAGUGUUUUAGUAGAAAAUCACGUCUUGAGGAGCAUCAGAGAAUUCACACGGGAGUGAAGCUAUUUUCAUGUUCAGAAUGUGAGAAAUAUUUUAAUGUAAAAUCAAGUCUUGUGAAACAUCAGAUAAUUCACACAGGACAGAAGCGAUUUUCAUGUUCUGAAUGUGGGAAGUGCUUCAGUCAAAAAACAUAUUUUGACAUACAUCAGAGAAUUCACAAAGGAGAGAAGCCAUGUUUAUGUACUGAAUGUGGAAAAUGUUUUACUCAAAAAUCAGGUCUUGUGAGACAUCUGAGAACUCACAGAGGGGAGAAGCCAUUUUCAUGUCUUGAAUGUGGGAAGUGUUUUAGUACAAAAUCAAAUCUUGAGGUGCAUCAGAGAAUUCACACGGGAGUGAAGUCAUUUUUAUGUCCAGAAUGUGGGAAAUAUUUUAUUGAGAAAUCAAGUCUUGUGAAACAUCAGAGAAUUCACACAGGAAAGAAGCCAUUUCAAUGUCCUGAAUGUGGGAAGUGCUUCAGUCAAAAAACAUAUUUUGACAUACAUCAGAGAAUUCACAAAGGAGAGAAGCCAUGUUUAUGUACUGAAUGUGGAAAAUGUUUUACUCAGAAAUCAGGUCUUGUGAGACAUCUGAGAACUCACACAGGGGAGAAUCCAUUUUCAUGUACUGAAUGUGGAAAGUGUUUUACUGAGAAAACAAAUCUUGUGAGACACCUGGGAAGUCACACAGGAGAAAAGCCAUUUUAA